CAUCAUUGUUCCAAUGCUGCAAGGCUAACUUACCGGUACCGGUAAUGUCGGUCAUCCUUAUUAUAAUGGAAUUUACAUUCAUCUAGUCUAGACUACAUAUUCUAAUAUUAGCAAUUCGACAUUCAGUUCUGUGGUUAAGUUAUUGUGUAACUACCGGUAUUGAAUGACAAUAACCUGAUAGCUGGACACUAUAACUGUAUAAUUCAACUGCAGAAGUAUGAGUGCAAGCAGUGCAUCCAGCUCAUCUAUGAUGGCAGGUCCAAUGCCUCUUCAACAGGGAAUCAUCAAUGCUAACCAAGCCAGGUUUGCAGGUAAUGAUGAGAAGAUUCAGGAGCUCCUUCGCGAGCUGCAUACAACAAUAUUCGACACGCAGAAGGAAAGAGAGAAUGGAUUUCACAGCCUUGAUAACAUUGCAAAAACACACGAUAAAAUACAAUCAGAACAAAAACUCACAACAUACUAUCGACAAAAACUACGGAAUCUCUACAGCACAGCUCUUGCUGACGCAGGAAAUGAAUGUGAUCUUUUAAGAAAAGGUUUGGCAAUAAUAACACAGAUUAAAACAUUGCAAGAAGAAAAACGUAUGGCUGCAAGAAUAUCAGGCAUGCAUCCACAUGAUGACCAACCGAGGAAAACUAUGCGUCGUGGUGUUUUGAUGAGCAUGCUACAGAAAUCAGCACAAACAUUGCCGCUAUGGAUUGGGAAACCAGAUGAAAAGCCGCCACCAUUAUGCGGAGCAAUUCCAUCUAGUGUUGAUUACAUUGCUAAACCAGGAGACAAAGUUGCAGCGAGAGUGAGAACUGAAGAAGGCGAAGAACAAUGGAUACUAGCAGAGGUCAUUUCAUUCAAUCCUACAUCAAAUAAAUAUGAAGUUGAUGAUAUUGAUGAAGAGGGGAAAGAAAGACAUACAUUGAGCAAAAGAAGAGUUGUUCCUCUUCCACAAUGGAGAGCUAAUCCUGAUACGGACCCAGAUGCCAUAUAUAGCAAAGGGACACUUGUGAUGGCAUUAUACCCUCAGACAACAUGCUUUUAUCGAUCUGUUAUUCAUGUUCAACCGAAGACAUCUCAAGAUGAAUAUUUGGUGCUGUUUGAAGAUAAUUCCUAUGCCGAUGGCUAUUCGCCAGCUCUUCCUGUUGCACAAAAGUAUGUAGUUGUGCCGAAGGAACUGAGAGAAAGCAAGCGGAGAUGAAAUAUAUCAUACCAUAUUUAGUUAUUAUGCAAUACCCUAUAGAAUGAAAUGUUUCUUUGUAUUUUAAACCUUUCUUGUUUAGUUCAUACUACAAUAUCAGACUUUCAUUUUCCAAAAA